AUACGGAUGGAAUUUCAUUUUACUUUUUCAUUAGACUUGUCGUACGUAAAGUGUGACCGUGUGAAGGGCCUUUAAUUAAUAUACCUUGUAAACAUAUUCUAAGGAGUAAAAAAGGUAUUGAAAAACAAUAUUAGCAAGUAAAGAACAAUUUAUAUGAGCUUGUCAAAAACAAGAAAAAAAUGAAAAGAAAUUUUAAACAAAUACUCAUAAGAUGCAACGAAUCUCAGUAAAAAUCGAAAACGAUUCUGAGAAAUCCGAUGUAUGUUCAAUUUCAAAUGAGUUAAGAGAUACAUUUUACUCAAACAGUAAGAAGGGUAAUGUCUUCCACGUACGCCUCAACUCAAAUGGAUUACUUUUGCAACGUGACACUUCAAGCGGAGGUCAUAAGGACCACCUAGUAAAUAUUUGCGAUAUAAUAGGCGGGCGGUGUGUUUGGAUUCAGAAGUCUGCUAGUUUCGGAGCAGCUGGUACAUGUGGAUCGUGUACACCGAGCAUCGCAGAAAAGCAUAAAAAUCGUGAUGAAAAUGAAGACGCCUACCUUUAUGUCUUUGCAUAUAUGCUUAAGAAGAAUCUUAGGAAUGCUGUACGCCGUGAACGCACAGUCAUUACAUUACGAUUUCGUUCAUUCGACAGUCAUGAGGAUAACAUGCGAGAGGCUGAAAGAUGGUAUAAGACAUUAAAAAAUCACAGAAACAAUCAUUUGUUACUUAGUAACCCCAGAGGUAAAGAAUUAUGCGGGAAGACGGCAAAAUCAAUAGAAACCAAACGUCUACUUAUUUUGCUGAAUCCAAAGUCUGGUUCCGGAAAAGCACGUCAACUAUUCAAUCACCAAGUCAUUCCUAUUCUCAAUGAGGCAGAAGUUCCGUACGACCUUCAUGUUACGAAACAUUCCAACUAUGCUUUCGACUUUGUACGUCAGAAAAAUUUGUCUAUUUGGAGUGGAAUUGUAGCUAUUGGGGGCGAUGGAUUAUUUCACGAAGUCUUAAAUGGCAUACUUAAACGUAGCGAUUGGAAUGAAGUUGUACAGACUCUGGCACUUGGUAUUGUUCCAUGCGGUUCGGGUAAUGGCUUAGCCCGUUCAAUAGCUCAUUGUUAUCGGGAGCCAUACGAACCAAAACCAAUAAUUGGUGCAGCAUUGUCGCUUGUUGGCGGCCAAUCAUCGCUUAUGGAUGUUGUUGAAAUAGAAAUGAAUAAUAGAAUCGCUUAUUCGUUUCUAUCAAUUGGAUGGGGUCUAAUUUCUGACAUCGAUAUCGAAAGCGAACGUUUGAGGCCAUUAGGAUACCAAAGAUUUACAAUUUGGACAUUACACCGUUUAAUAAAUUUGCGUACAUAUCGUGGUAGAAUAUCAUAUUUACCUAAAAAUUGUAGUUCUGAUCAAAAUACUCCAGAAACAAUAUCUAAAAUAAGUCUGCAGCACAGUAUGAGUUGUAACACACUUCCACCGCCAUGUCCAUUAAGGAAGCAGUCUUUAUCAAAUGACGGAAGCGUAGAUUUUGAAGAUGUAAUAUCAUUAGAAACAGUGGCAAAUCAAUCUUUUCGCUCUCGUUGUAAUAGCAUACUUUCGUCGGGAUCAAGGGUUAGCACGUAUUAUUCCAUUGCCGAAAGUGUUUAUCACAGUAUUUCGGGUAAUAGCGACUGUUGUGAAUCAAAUCAACAUGACGAAGGAGGCCAGUCCGAUUAUCGUGGAAAUCGGCUUGGUCAAUUAGAAGAUAAAACGUUGCCAGCACUUCAAGAUCCAUUACCUAGUACAUGGAUUGUCGAGGAUGGUGAAUUUGUUAUGAUCCAUGCCGUUUAUCAAACACAUUUGGGUAGUGAUUGUUUCUUCUCACCACAUUCAAAACUAAACGAUGGAACAAUUUACCUGGUAAUGAUACGAGGUGGCAUAAGCAGAUCGCAAUUAUUUAAUUUUCUCAUUAACAUGAGCUCUGGCACUCACUUACCAAAUCAAAAUACAGAGUAUAUUCUUGUAGAACGUGUAGUUGCCUUUCGUUUAGAACCACACGAAAAUAGUGGUAUUCUUACAGUAGAUGGCGAACGGAUGGAAUGUGGGUCGUUACAAGCAAGAAUAUUUCCAGGAACUAUCAACGUUAUGGUUCCCAACAAAGUUGCAUUUAAAGAUUGCUAGCCAGUAAAUUUUAUUUACGAGAGACUAGAUACAUACGUUGUGUACAUAAGUAAUUUAUUGUAUAGUUUGGCAUAUGAUGUUUACAUACAUCCAUAUUAUGUAUGUACAUGCAUUCAUUAUCUAAAAUGUAAAAGCACUUACACCACAUAUCGAAAUUUAAGUUUUUGUUUGAAAAUGAUAUAAUCCUCUCUGUUCUCUAAACCGAAUCCGAGUAAAUUUUUCGUUUAAAAACGAAUUCUCAUAAUUUUUCUCGUUUUAAAACCGAGUACACAAAUCUAGUCGAAAGUAAAUCGAUUUUAAUUUUAUUAAAAUAAAUAAUUGUUUUUUAUAUUUUUUAAUAUAAUUGUAAUUUAAUAUAAAUGCUAUGAGUAUUUUAAACCCUUUUUCAUUUAAAAUACGAUGGUUUUUCUGAAUUUUACGUUCAAAUAAAAAUUCGAUUUGCAGAACACCAAAUUCAGUUUUAAAAGUUCCUCGGAUUUGAAACCGAAUCGAUUUACUGAACAGAAAGGAAUGAUUGCGUCAAAGCACAUGUCAUUACGAAUUUUUACUGACGUUAGAUGUUUAACAGGGCGCAACAAAAAAUAAGUUAAUAAAAAAAAAUAAAAAAUAAGUUCCACAAGUCAAAAAAAGAAUAACAACAAUUAAAUAAAAUCUUGGGUGAUAAUAAUAAUCAUUUUUAAACAAAAACCGUUUUCGUUUUAUAUACCUGUCUGUUCUGUAAACCGAAUCCGAGAAAAUUUCUCGUUUAAAAACGAAUUCUCAUAAUUUUUCUCGCUUUAAAACGGAGUACACAAAUCUAGUCGAAAGUAAAUCGAUUUUAAUUUUAUUCAAAUAAAUUAAAAAAUUAUUUUUUUGCGUUUUUUACUACAAUUGUAACUUAAUAUAAACGCUAUGGGCAUUUUAAACUCUUUUUCACUUAAGAUAUGAUUAUUUUUCAGAAUUUUACGUUCAAAUAAAAAUUCGAUUUGCAGAACACCAAAUUCGGUUUUAAUAGCCAUGUCUGUUCUGUAACUCGAUUCGUAUUCAAAACCAAGAAGCUUUUAAAACAAGUUACAAUUGUAUUAAAAUUCAAAAAAUAAUUAUUUAAUUUAUAUUUAAUUUAUUAGAAUAAAAUUAAAUUCUAUUUACUUUCGACUAGAUAUGUGUACUCGGUUUUAAAACGAGACAAAAUAUGAGAACUCGUUUUUAAACGAGAAAUUUAAUCGGAUUCGGUUUACAGAACAGACAGGAGCUUCUCUGUUUUGAAAUCGAUUCGAUUUACAGAACAGACAUAAGUUUUUCUCUCCCUUAAAAUUUUAAAAAGUGUAACGUCCUUUUGCAUUUCAAGUGAUGGAAUAUAUUAUAUUUAUUAAAAAACGAAUCUCAUUGCUAUUUAGAAGAAUAUGCAUAAAUAAACAUAUAAUACAUCUAUAUAUAAAAA